AGUGGCGGUCACGAUUUUGAAGGCUUGUCCUAUGUUUCACAUAUAGAAACACCGUUUAUAAUUAUUGAUCUGUCGAAACUGAGAGAGAUCAAUGUUGAUAUUGAAGACAAUAGUGUUUGGGUUCAAGCUGGUGCUACAGUCGGUGAGCUUUACUACAGAAUUUCAGAGAAGAGCAAGAUUCAUGGAUGCCCUGCAGGUAUAUACCCGAACUUAGGCAUUGGUGGGCAUAUAACAGGCGGUGCAUACGGUUCCUUGAUGAGAAAGUAUGGUCUUGCUGCUGAUAACGUUCUAGACGCAAAGAUAGUUGAUGCUAACGGCAAGUUACUAGACAGAACCGCGAUGGGAGAGGAUAUGUUUUGGGCGAUUAGAGGAGGCGCAGGAGGGAGUUUCGGGAUAAUUUUGUCAUGGAAGAUCAAGCUUGUUCCAGUUCCUCAAACCCUAACUGUCUUCACGGUCACCAAAACACUAGACCAAGACCCAGGAUUCAAGAUUCUUUCAAAGUGGCAACAAGUUGCGGACAAGCUUGUUGAAGAUCUCCUCCUACGCGUGUUCUUCACCAUAGCUGGAAACAAUGAAAACAAGACAGUGGCGAUGUCAUACAUAGGUCAGUUUCUUGGCGAGAAAGGCAACUUGAUGGAGGUUAUGCACAAGGAUUUUCCAGAACUAGGACUAACUCAGGAGGAUUGUAUAGAAAUGAACUGGAUCGAAUCCGUUAUUUACAACUCUGGAUUCCCGACAAGCACUCCUCCUCCUCCUGAAGUUUUGCUUCAAGCAAAGUCACCUAUGGGAGAAGUUUACUUCAAAGCCAAAUCCGAUUUUGCUAAAGAACCUAUUCCUAUUUUAGGUCUUCAAGGGAUGAUCAAGAAGAUUCUUGAAGAAGAAGCUGCGCUAAUGGUAUGGACUCCAUACGGUGGAAUGAUGGAUAAAAUCCCUGAAUCUGAGAUCCCGUUUCCGCAUAGAAGUGGAACCAGCUUCAUGAUUCUGUAUUACAGGAGCUGGUCAGACACCGAGAAGAGACCAGACAUGCGUAUCAAAUGGAUCAGGGAGUUGUACAAUUACAUGACGCCUUAUGUCUCAAGUAACCCAAGACAAGCAUAUGUGAACUACAGAGAUCUAGACCUGGGACAGAACAGCAACAACUCAAGGACAAGCCUCAAACAAGCUCAAGUCUGGGGAGCAAAGUACUUCAAAGACAAUUUCAACAGAUUGGUGAAGAUUAAAACAAAGGCUCAUCCAGAAAACUUGUUUAGACACGAACAAAGCGUCCCACUUCUUUAUUGAAGCUAAGCUGGUGAUAUAUAAUACCCUUUAAAUAAGUAUCAUCAUACAAUAAGCUCGAAUAAAUGGAACAAUGUUUCUUUUUCUUCCUUUA